GUCCAAUACAAAUACUGUGGGCUGUUUAGAGAGUAACGCUCGAGACACGUCCUCUAAAAAACAACAGCUGCAAUGGCGAGUCGCUGGUGUUCGCCGUUUCUUAUGAUCGUCUCAGUGAUGUUUUGUGGAAAGACUUCAGCACAGGGAGGUGGAGAAAACCUGGCCAACAUUGCCGCGUGUGACAGUGAGAUCUACUGUUCAGGACGUCUGUUAGAAGCAGUCCAGAACGCUCAUGUUUUCAACGAUUCCAAAACAUUUGUGGACAUGAAAAUGAAGACAGAACAAGAUGAGAUUCUCCGUGCGUUUGACGCGCUGGCGGGGAGCGGUGCUGACAUCAGCUCAGCAGAAGUCAUGCAGGGGUUCCUGGAUCAGUGGUUCGACCCACCGGGGUCCGAGUUCGAGGUGUGGGAGCCGACUGACUGGAGGGACAGUCCCAAGUUUUUAGACAACGUGGCAGACAGCAGUCUGAGGGAGUGGGGACGGAAGAUCCACGAGCUGUGGAAGAGCCUGGGUAGAAAAGUAAAGCCUGACGUGCGGGACCGUCCCCAUCUCUACUCCAUGCUGUACGUGCCGUAUCCUGUCAUCGUUCCGGGCGGCCGCUUCCGCGAGUUCUACUAUUGGGACACCUACUGGAUCAUCCGGGGGCUCCUCUUGUCGGAAAUGACAGAAAGUACAAAAGGGAUGCUGUCCAACUUCGCUGAGAUGGUGGAAAGGUUUGGUUUCAUUCCGAAUGGAGGCCGUGUAUACUACACCCGACGAAGUCAGCCCCCGGUCUUUACCUUAGCCAUGCGGGACUAUCUGGACCAGACAAACGACACGGGGUUCGUUCGGACCAUGAUGCCGCUGUUAGAAAUGGAGUAUAACUUCUGGAUGAGCAACAGAACUGUUACAGUUAGCGGUCACGUUUUGAACCAAUAUCAAGCCUCCAUCGGAAAGUCAAGGCCCGAGUCUUGGCGAGAGGACGAAGAAGUCGCAAGUUCUUUGCAAACUGGUUCCGACCCUGCGAGGUUCCACGCUAACGUCGCUACUGCCUGUGAGAGCGGCUGGGACUUUUCCUCUCGCUGGUUCGAAGACAGUGCAAACAUCAGCAGUAUCAGCACUAUGGACAUAAUUCCUGUCGACCUCAAUGUUUUCAUGUGUGCCUGUGAAGCAGCUCUGGCAGACAUAUUUCUUCGGUUAGGACUCGGCGACGCUGCUGCCCGGUACCAGGCGGCGGUAGAGCGGCGCAGAUCUGCCAUUGAUGCCGUCCUCUGGAGCGAUCAACAAGGCGUCUGGCUGGACUAUAACUCAGCUACAGGACAGCAUAAUAACAGGUUCUACGCCUCUAACAUAUUCCCGCUGUACACCACGUGUUACGGCGAUGGGACAGCUGAGUCGGACAUCGAGAGGAGGGUGGUGAACUAUCUCAAGAGGGAGAAUGUUCUGGACUAUCCCGGAGGAGUUCCUACUUCAACUAUCCACAGCGGAGAACAGUGGGAUUUUCCUAACGGAUGGCCUCCUUUACAGCACCUUGUUAUUGAAGGCUUGGCGAGCAGUUCUGUCGGUGAGGUGCAGCAGCUUGCCCGGGAGCUGGCUCAGAGAUGGAUAAACGUGAACUACAGGCAGUUCGCCAAGACCCAGGCCAUGUGGGAGAAGUAUGACGUGGAGACAGGGGAACAUCCGGGAAGUGGUGGCGAGUAUGACGUCCAGGUGGGUUUCGGUUGGACCAACGGCGUUGUUUUGCACCUGCUGGACAAGUAUGGACAUGUUCUGCGGGCGCCCCCUAUCUCCACCGCGGCUACAGUGGUACUGCAUCGUGGUGCUCUCAUCCUCAGUAUCAUAGCAUCCAUUAGUACCGGACAGCUUCAUUUUGAGUGUCUUUAAUUACAAGACUCUUUCAACAGAUUUGAAUCAAACUUGUAGUUUUCUUGUCGUAUGUUUUGCUUUACCCUCAUGCAAUACAGUGUUGUGUUUGUACGUGCGGCAUUGACAUGAUUUAUGCAUUCUUAUUAAAUCGUUAAAAAGACAAACAAGAAUUUUGUUGUCUUGUUGAAUUGAUUUUUAAGAAAUGCAGUAUAUAGAAUAUAUUGAAUCGUAAACUCUUAUUGAAAACAUCUAUUAAAAACAAUGGUUUUCACACGCCCAAAUGAAUAAAUUUAUGCCACUACCAAAACAAGAACAAUACGAAAAUGCAAAACAAGCAAAUUUCACAAGUAAUAUAGAUUUUCUCGUUCAUAUAAAGUGGUCAUCCAUUGAAGCCGAUAGUGUGAAGUGAUGGGAUUAUCACAAGAAGCCUUCGAACAACCAGUUCGAAUUAAUUAGACAGGCUCUUACUCUGUUUUAGAUAGGUUAGAUAGGUUACUAAAAAUGAAGCAUACAUACUUAAUUAGAAAAUUAAGUCCUUUAGAGUCGUUAAGAAAUUUCAUAUAUACAUCGACCAGACAAAUCUUAACACAGCCCACUUCUCGCACUAAAUACAUACGAUUGAUACAAUUUUUUAAUUA